AUGCAACGCAACGUGGGAGCUCAUGCUGGUUUAUUACAGCCUUUCAAUAACUACUACAAUUGCAUUCUCUGCUCUGUUUCUUCUUCUUCUCUUUUCCUUCUCCACUCAACACCUAACCCUAGUGCGGAAAUUGCGUAUGACACCCAUGGCAACCCUGUGGUGUCUGGGGAGGGAUACCACAUUCUGGAUGCCAAAAACAGAUCCCGUGGAAUUGAAAUCGAUCAGGUUGGGGAUGAUCCCUGCCCCACCACCGUCAUAAUUGGCUCUGAACCUAAGAUUUUGAUUUUACAUGGCGAUGAUGUCUCUAUCAAGGUGGCAGAAAAAACAGGCUUCGAAUUCGCUGAGGUUCCUUACUGUGCUGAACCAGGCAAGUGGAAUGCUUCGAUCCCCGGCGGCAAACAGUACCCGGUGGUGAUUGGUCCAACCAAUCAUAUUGUAACCAUGCCAGGUUGGUUCGACAUUGCCAAAUCUGAUGAUUCGGCCAAGGAGUAUUAUAUUAACUUCAAAUUUGAAGGAAAAGAUGAUUAUCCUCUUAUGAUCACACCUUACGAACAUGAUGAAGACUUUUACCGUAUGGUGUUUUGUCCUGAUGGGGUCUAUAAAAAUUUCACCCUUGUGUUCGAACCACUAUCGCCGCGGCCUGCGCCCCCGCCAUCCACCUUUGUGCCUCAUAUCCGGAAGGUAGUCCGUUGA